AUCAUGUAUACUUUAUAAAAAUAUAUUAUUCUAAUCAACAUUUUUAAAAGUUUAACAGAUGAACUAAUUCUAUUUUUCUUUUUAAUAUAGAAAAAUGGAGCAAAUCGUUGAGCAACCAAUGGUGGAAUCCGAUAACGAAUCGCAGAUUUCCGAAGCCGUAGACCAGAAUACAAAGAAAUCUACAUCUAAAAUUGGAGAUUUAUUUGUUCGUGACCUUCAGUAACCUAGCCUGCUUAUAUCCUCAUCACAAAAAUGUCUAAAAGACCUUUGUCAAGCACUUCAAGAGAUGAGUCAAUGGAAAUUGAUUUUCACCGUGAAAGUAGCAGAAAAAAGCAACGUCUUGAAGCUUGUCACAGUGGUAACGUUUUUGUAGAACUUAAGAGUGCUUUUAGAGGAAUUUUGAAAACUUAUUACCUCAAAAACGGAUGCGAUGAGGUAAAAGACAUUGCUUUGUUUUUAGAAUCACAUAAAGUAAAACUUAUAGAAUUGGUAAAUCAACAGUUAAGUGUUAAUGGUGCAGUGAAAUUUAAUCUUGUGUUUGAAUGUACGUAUAUUAAACCACUUAGUGAAGAAACUCAGGCAAGAGCCUUUAAGACUAAGAAUAAAAAGAUUUUGUAUGACUCUUCAAUUGAUUCAAUAGUUAAAAGAAUGUACAGAAAGAUUUCUCAAGAAGAAAGCGAGUAUCUUGACAAAGGAAGUGGUUGGACACUGUAUAAAAUAGAUGGUAUUCUCGUAAGAUUUAGUAGGUACAGACCUCUCAGAGGUAGUACGUAUAUUCCACUACCUCAAAUCAUUGAAAAUAAAAAAGCAGUAAUAAAUCCAAAAAAUUUACAUGAUAAUCAGUGUUUUAAGUGGGCCAUCAUUUCUCGAUAUGUAAAAGGUUCUCACCGAGAACGUGUAAAUAACCGAUAUCUCAACUUACAGAAUAAAUUCAAUUUUGAAGGAAUAAGUUUUCCCACACCACUUAAUCAAGUAAAAAAAUUUGAAAAGAAUAAUCCCAAUGUAAGUGUUAAUGUUUAUAGUUUCAACGAAAGUGAGGAUGUUUAUCCAUUGAAGGUAUGUGACAAGGAGCUUAAGGAACAUUUCGAUCUGCUUCUCUUCACAAACAAUAUAGGUAUAAGUCAUUACUGUUAUAUAACUAAUUUUUCUAGAUUAGUUAGGUCUCAGAUAACUAGUCAUGAAACACAAGCUUCUUUCUGUAAGAGAUGUUUUAAACACUUUCAGGGAUCUAAUUCUAAAACACAGUUAAAGAAUCAUAUAAAAGAUUGUAUUUCACAUAAACCUAUUAAAGUUAUUAUGCCUGUUGACAGUGAUGAUUCGGACGAACCGUUGUUUUUAUCUUUUUCUAAUUUUCAUUACAAAUACCCAGUACCUAUUGUAGCUUAUUGCGAUUUUGAAUCUAUUCUAAAAAAGCCUUUAGCUGAAGAAAAGUUGUCUCAACAUGUAACUGUAAAAUCUAUUCACGAGCCAAUGAGCUUUUGUGUGUAUUUUGCUUACGAUAAAGACAGUCUACCUGAUGAAAUAUUAAAUAGCUUACCGAAUGAACCAUAUUUGUAUAGAGGACCUAAUGCCUCGGCAAAAUUUGUAGAAUAUAUAGUAAGCAUGGCAAACCUAAUUGGUGAUUUAUUAGAUGUAAACAAAUCAAUGCUACCUCUUACUCAGGAAGAAAAAGAAAGAGUUAAGUCAACCACUCAUUGUGAAUGCUGCAAUUCGGAGUUUACUGAAACUUUUAACCAACCUUGUAAAGAUCACUGUCAUUUGUCAGGACGUUUUAGAUCAGUUUUGUGUUAUGCUUGUAACUUAAAGCGACAAAAUCAAAAGUUUCUUCCUGUAGUAAUUCACGGAAGUUCAAAUUACGAUAGUCAUUUUAUAAUAAAAAAUCUAGGUUGUGAUGAAAGAAAAGUUGAAGUAAUUCCGAAUAGCAAAGAAAAAUACAUUUCAUUUGUUAAGCAUACAGAAAGUGGAAUUAAAUUAAGAUUUGUUGAUAGCUUUAGAUUUAUGGGAAGUAGUUUAAGUUCGCUUGUACAAAAUUUAAGCUUAGACCAAUUUAAUCAUACAAAGAUGUUUUUUAACAACGAAGACUUGCCAUUAGUUACUAGAAAGGGUGUUUAUCCAUAUGAGUUUACAGAUGCUUGGGAAAAACUUGAUUUAACUCAGUUACCAAGCAAGGAAUGUUUCUAUAACACUAUGACUCUAAAUGACAUCAGUGAAUCAGAUUAUGAACAUGCUAAAAAGGUUUGGAAUAGUUUUCAAUGUAAAACACUAGGUGAAUAUAGUGAUCUUUACCUUAAAACUGAUGUAUUACUUUUGUGUGAUGUAUUUCAAAACUUUAGAUUAGUAUGUCAAUCAAACUACGAUUUGGAUCCUGCUAAUUACUUAACCUUACCUAGUCUUACUUUUGAUGCUAUGUUAAAAUUUACAAACAUAUUGAACAUGGAGAAAAGAAAGUACGGGCAGUGGUCUGAAGAGAACCUUCAGCAAGCUAUUGCGGCCUAUAAAAACGGGGACUAUGGAUUAAAUGAAUGCAGCAGAGUUUAUGUUCAGAAGCGUCCGCAGAAGAUAGUUGGCUUGAAGGGGAAGCGGCAAGUUGGCACAAUAACCAGUGGUGAACGUGGUGUAAACACAACAAUGGUUGUGUGUGUUAACGCCGCAGGAGUCUACGUGCCUCCGAUGAUCAUUUUCAAGCGCAAAAGGUGGAAUGACGAUUUGAAGGUUGGAGCCCCUUCUGGUAGUUUGAUUGGAACAGGCGAAGGGUUGGAACCUGCAAGAGCAAUAAGUUACAGUCACCCCUUCCCUCCUCCCCCUCACACCCCUACACUCUCCAUUCUCUCGGAUAUAACGGCUUACAUUCAUCACAAUAUCGGCCAACCUGGCUCUGGUGGCUUGACAUCUCACUUACACGACCGAGAAUAA